AUGAAGGCUGUAUCCUCCGCAGAAAACAAAAGGGUUGAGCAACUUGUUCUGAAGGACCAUGCCAAACCUGCAAAACGGAAGCCAAAGACCGUCAACAAUGAUGAGAAACAAGUCCGCGUUUCCCAACCAGACGCCCUGACAGUCCCUCCUUUCCUCCUCGACUCAUCCUGGGAACAUCAUGGCCAUUGCUAUUUCCCCGAUCAACUCACCCUCCCCACUGAACACGACGGCAACCCUGGUCCGCUUGACUCGAUUCCCCUGCUCUAUACCUUGUGUGAGAAUGCGACGGCAAACGGAGCCCCGCUGGCCAGUCUCCGUGCUGCAGUAGAUGCUGCGGCAUUCGCAUCUCUAACGAUUCAGACUCGUGUGCCUGAAUUGACGGUCCAAGCUCGAAAGAAAUAUGCGGAGGCUUUGCGGCCCUGGAAUCUAUAUGUCGAAGUGGACCGUCCUUCCACAGACCCCAGAAGAGAUCAUCAUCGAGAUGACCAGUGA